GUGGUGGUGAAGAAAAGACCUCCAGAGGUCAGUUCCCAUUCCAUCGCUGGAGCCGCACAGUGCCAUCCAAACAGGCCCUUAAGGUUCCAUGCUGUACGAAAUACGGUAUCAAUCACCUCCAAGGCGACACAUCCCGCACGUCACGUGACCACCGGGGUUCCCGAACCCCGAACCGACGAGACCAGCCGAGCUGGUGACGGAAGCGGGACGACUAGUCGCUGAGUAGCGGUAACCGGAGACCUACCUAGCAAAACCACGACAACAAGCCCGCGCACCUGGAAUGUGCGCGAAUGAGUACAUAGAGUACACAGUUUAGAGUACACGUAUUGGGUUUCGGACCGGAAUGUUAAUCUCCCCAUGAGCGUCCGAAGCUUUUUAUCGCAGCUGCGCGCGACCCUCGUCCCUGUUUCCGCCCACAUCUGCGCACCACCGGCAUCGAUACCGAUACCACACACCGCAGUCCGCAUCCCCACCCCCACCAUGACCGGCAUCACGUUCUACCCGUCCGGCGGCGUCGGCUUCGCAAUAACAUUCCCGACGUUCGAGCUCGCGCCGGGGCAGCUGCACAACUUCGCGUCGCGCAGGCUCGAGGAGUGCGUGUUCACGCACCGCUCCGCCGCGCCUACGACGGCGACCUACGAGAGCUUCUCGCACGCUGCCAACUACUCCGGCGGCCGCGCCGCCCGCUGGCGCAACGAUAACGAACACUUGGAGUUCAUUGGCGAUAUGGUGCUCAAGGGGCUCACAGGCAUGCUGAUCGAGGAGCUGCACCCCGACGCCGACGAGGGGUACAUGUCUGCGCUCACGACGGUAGUCCUCAGCAACAGCUUCUACGCGCACAUGAGCCGGGCACACGGGCUCGACCGGCGGCUGCGGCUGCAGGGCGUGAACCACGAGAACGUGCUGGAGAGCGAGCGCGUGCUCGGCGGGCUGUUUGAGGCGUACAUUGCCGGCGUCUACAAGGAGUAUGGCAACGCUGGGUUCGCCGCGCUGUACGCGUGGUUCGCGUGGUGGAUGCGCCCGUAUUUCGUCGAGAUAUCGACGCAGCUGCGAAGAUCGGACCAGCCAGAGUUCUCGACGCCGAGCCUCUCGCCCGUUUCGAGACUGCACGAGUACGUCGAUGCGCACCGACUACCGCAGCCGGAGUAUAGGUUUGUGCAGGUGGAGGGAUGUGGCUACACGGGGGCACCCGAGUGGGCUUGCGUCGUGCAGCUGGGAGAGACGGAGGUGCGCGGGAAAACCAUGUCCAAGAAGAAACUGGCGAAAGACGAGGGGUGUAAGGCUGCGCUGGAGUAUCUGAUGAACACGUAGUACUGGGUAUAGACUAGACGAAUGGACGAAUGGUAAGCCAGGCGAAUAUAAUAUAACAGAAUAGAUAUGCGUUCUUCGCCAGCAGUGACUGUGGUGCUCACUGCUCUGUUGGUCCGUUUCGACAUGUACUGAUGAUAGAAUGCGCUGGAAGUUGGAAUUUCACUCCCUCGGGCGUUUUGAUUUCGGUCGUAGGAUUGCCGUCGGAAGAACAGAACAGCAGCCGGAGGUCAGGACCGUGUCGAUAGUAUGCAAGAUUUACGGACCAGUAAUGCAGUGCUGUGAUAGAGGUGAUAUCUUUGUGG